CCGGAAGAUCCGGGUCGCGGUGAGCGAGCGAGCGACUGAGGCGGAAGUCGAGACGUGGCCGCCUAGCCGAGGAGCAGCACUAGCACUCGGAGGGGGCGAGGCAGGCGAUGGCGGCCGCGGCGGCGCUGAGCUCGGAGCGGCUGGAGGUUUCUAUCGACGGCCUGACGCUCAGCCCGGACUCAGAGGAAGCUCCCCGCGGGGCCCAGGCCCAGCCCAGGAGGCCGCUGCCGGCUCUGGUUGCGAGCCACGGGGGCCGUGAGGAGGGCGAGGAGCAGGAGGAAACGGCGCUGGCCGAGGAGGAGCCGGAGCGGGAGGCCUGCGAAGAGGAGGAGGAAGAAGAAGAGGAGGAGGAGGAGGGUGGCGACCGCGGGGUGCGGAGCCUGGAGCGCCGCUGGGGCUUCGGCCUGGAGGAGCUCUACGGCCUGGCGCUGCGCUUCUUCAAAGAAAAAGAUGGCAAAGCAUUUCAUCCAACAUAUGAAGAGAAACUCCGACUUGUAGCAUUGCAUAAACAGGUUCUGUUGGGACCAUACAAUCCAGAUACUUGCCCUGAAGUUGGAUUCUUCGAUGUGCUGGGAAACGAUAGAAGGAAAGAAUGGGCUGCCCUUGGAAACAUGACAAAACAGGACGCCAUGACAGAGUUUGUCAAGCUCUUAAAUAAGUGCUGCCAUCUCUUCUCCACAUAUGUUACUUCCCAUAAAAUAGAGAGAGAAGAACAGGAGAAAAAAAGGAGGGAAGAGGAGGAACGGAGACAACGUGAAGAGGAAGAGCGAGAACGAUUGCAAAAAGAGGAAGAGAAGCGAAGGCGAGAAGAGGAAGAGAGGCUGAGACGGGAAGAGGAGGAGAGGCGGAGAAUAGAAGAAGAAAGAUUUCGCAUGGAACAGCAGAAGCAACAGAUAAUGGCAGCAUUGAACUCCCAGACAGCUGUUCAGUUCCAACAAUAUGCUGCCCAGCAGUAUCCGGGCAACUAUGAGCAGCAGCAGAUCCUAAUUCGUCAGCUCCAAGAGCAACACUAUCAACAAUACAUGCAACAACUUUAUCAGGUCCAGCUUGCACAGCAACAGGCAGCUUUGCAAAAGCAGCAGGAAGCAGCAGCCACAGCAGGGGCUUCAGUUACUUCCAUGUCAAAGGCCAACUCUGCUGUCACAGGAGAGAUCCCAUCAGUAAAUGGACAAGCUAGUCCUCACACAGAGAACCCGGAAAAAGACCUGGAAACGGAUAUUGCAGAAGAAGCAUUAGAGAAUGGACCAAAAGAAUCUGUUCCAGUCAUAGCAGCGCCCUCCAUGUGGACAAGGCCCCAGAUAUCAGACUUCAAGGAGAAGAUUCGCCAGGAUGCAGACUCUGUGAUCACAGUUGGCAGAGGAGAAGUAGUGACAGUUCGUGUACCAACGCAUGAAGAAGGCUCUUAUCUCUUCUGGGAGUUUGCUACAGACAAUUAUGACAUUGGUUUUGGGGUAUAUUUUGAAUGGACAGACUCCCCUAACACAGCAGUCAGCGUACACGUUAGUGAAUCCAGCGAGGAUGAGGAUGAAGAUGAAGAAAACGCUAACAGUGAAGAGAAAGCCAAAAAGAACGCCAACAAGCCUCAACUAGAUGAAAUAGUGCCUGUGUACAGACGGGACUGUCAUGAAGAAGUGUACGCUGGCAGCCAUCAGUACCCAGGGAAAGGAGUCUAUCUCCUUAAAUUUGACAACUCCUACUCAUUAUGGAGGUCAAAAACAGUUUACUACAGAGUCUAUUAUACUAGAUAAAAAUCUUGUUCUGGUAUCGGAGGCUGGGGUAUUGCAGAAGACGUCAUGUUGUUUGGGAUUUCCGUCACGCAUAUUGGACCUCUUGACUCUGUUACCCUGUCUGAUGUAUCUGUAUGGUUUUUUGUGUGUCCGUGUUAACAUUUGGCACUGGGAAUUGGGUUUUCCUCUGCAGUUCAGUGUUAAUGCAGUUUGUGGGGUUAGGAUUUCCCCAGUCCUUUCUGGUAACAUGGUUGUUGGCCAGAGCAUAAGAUAAAAGGUCUCACAAGUGGCAUAUGGUUGACCUUUCGGACCCCUUAAAUGCCUAACACACACAUUAUAAAAAGAGGAAGAUAUUUCUUUAAUUGGUGGCAGUCCAUAUGGUGUUGCCUGGUCUAUAUGCUUUCAACGUUUUAAAAAAACCUGUUAGUUGUUCAUACGAGGGUGCCAGCCUUAUCUCUGGGGGAGGGAGUCAGAUGCAGUCUGCACUGUAGAAAAGCAAGUUUCUUACAACUGUAUUUGAAUGUCAGAUUUUUACACCAUUAAACUUGAAACCUUAGUGGAUGCAGUUUAGAAAUGAACCCGUCUUGUGUCUAUCUCAUUGAAAAAGUCAUUUGGAGCCUCUGUCCAGACAGCAUGCUGCCAGAUGAAGAGGGGAAAGUCUGUGUGAGUUUUUGCAUCCCCAUGUGCCCUCGGUAGAGGGAGAUGGACUCCUCUGAGGCAAAUGUGUGUAAUAUAUACAUAUACCUACAUAUAUAUGUAUGUAUGUAUGUAUGUAUGUAUAUAUACACACAGAACACAUGCACAUCAGUGAAAUCUCUUGUCCGAAGUCAAACUAACAAAUUUAAUUUUGGAUGACAAGACAGGUAUCUAUCUUCACUUGAAUCCUUGUAAUCCUGAGAGCAAGCUUUGUGCAGGGUUUUGAUGUCAGAGCUGGAACAUUAUUGAUUUGGUAUUUGGGUGAAGCUCUAGAAUUUUCCAGUGUAUAUUGUGCUACAAUUACAUAAUGGGGCUCUCAUAUUGGAGUGCAUCUUUUUGAAGCAUAAAUAGGAUUGAAAUUAAAACCAGAUCUCUGCCAGCUUUUGUAAUCUUUGAAGACUUUUGUCAGACAGGAUAAGAGUAAACCAUAGUUUGCACUUUGUGAACUUAAUAAAACCGAAUUAUGUUGUAGGAGUUCAGGUUACACUACUGUUAUGGAUAUCACUGCCAGAAAGACACUCAUCUCUGUUCGAUUCACAUUGCAUCCUAUGCCCAUUCUUAUGCCCUUAAAUAUUUUCUAUUUACACCAGAAGUACAGGCAUUCCAAAAUUGCACAACAGGUCUAGAGUAAAACUGUAAAACUGCAUAUUUGCUUAUCAGUGAUGAAGACGAAUGGGUUUCCUCUCUCUUUGUAGAAGCGUUACCCUGUUUGUGUGGAACCAUGAUUCCAAGAAGCAGGAUGCAGUUCAGGUAUUAUUAUUUUUUUAAAAAAGGCUUUAUGUUAUGUUUGAGGGAUACAAUCUUCCCCCAACCUGUAUUACAAAUUAUUUGUUUGCAGUUGAAUGUGUAUGAAUUAGCUGCAAGUAAAUGUGUUUCUACUAGAAAUGAGUGUUGGAAUUCUGGAAGGGUUUUUUUGUUUAAUAUCUGUACAUAUAUUAUACUUUUUUCAUUUUUACAUCUUGUAGGGUUCUUUUUAAAAGGCAGUUUAUUUUUCCUGUCUCAUUUUAUUUUAGUUGUGCAUUGCAAGAUUUACUAAUUCUGCUGUCCAGACAACUCUAAUAACACUUUCUGUUCUCAUGUGUACAUAACACAGUAUAAGCCCAUAAAGUUAGAAAGUAGCUUGCUUUUUCAGAGCUGUAUCUUAACUUUUAAAGUAAUUAAGAGGGAGGCACUAAUUCUACUAAAUACUUCAGGUUUGUUUUUGUCCAUAUUAAAUUAUGAUUUAACAGAAAUUGUGUUGGACAGUGUAUAUUUGUAAACAACAGCAGGUUUUGCUCUCAAAUCUUGGAUAUCCAAAUUCCAAAAACUGCCUCUUACUGUUGACUAGCUCAGAAAAGUGUGGUUUCAAAAUCCCUUGGAAUAAUAUAUUUAAUCUGAAUUAAAAUAAAUGCUGACAUGGAA